AUGAGCCAGCUCUGCCUCUCUGCAGCCCUUCUGGUUCUCCUGGGCACCCUGGUGGCCGGCACCCCAGAGGAUCGCUAUUUGACCCUUGUCCGGGUUUAUGGUCCAGGCCUGCGCCCUGCCUUCUGUCUGCAGCCUCCAUACACUGGUCCCUGCAGGGCCAUGUUCACCAGGUACUUCUACAACGCCAUGUCCGGGCUCUGCCAGACCUUUACUUACGGAGGAUGCAGAAGGAAGCAGAACAACUUCCUGAAUGAGAAGGAGUGCAUCAGCACCUGUGGUGGCGGCAACAGGGCCCAGGAUGGGAACACCGAGUCAGCCACCCUGCCCAGCGGGUCCACCGUGCUCCUGAGCAAAAGGGCUUUUCUCUUCCUGGUCAUCCUGGUGUCAGGAACUGGGCCCUACCAGGUGUAG